AUGGCUAACAGCAAGUAUGAGUACGUGAAGUCUUUUGAGGUGGAAGAUGAGAUUAUGCCACCAAAUGUCAUUGUUGUCCGCGUGGAUGGGCGUGACUUUCACAGGUUCUCUGAAGUGCACGAAUUUGAGAAGCCGUAUGAUAAGGAAGCAUUAGAUCUAAUGAGUAUGUGCGCAAAGGCCAUUUUAGAGCAAUUCCCUGAUAUUAUGUUUUCUUAUGGUUUCAGAGAUGAGUAUAGUUUUAUAUUUAAAAAAGCAACCAAAUUUUACCAGCGUCGCGCCAGCAAGAUACACUCACUUAUUGUAUCUUUUUUCACGUCUAUGUAUGUCACCAAGUGGAAAAAAUUCUUCCCACAAAAGGACUUGAGACUUGCUCCUUCUUUUCAAUCACACAUUAUUGACUGUGCAUCCGUGGAGGUUCUUCAAGCUUAUCUUUUAUGGAGACAACUUGAAUGUCACUUGAAUAACCAGUAUGAUACUUGUUUUUGGCAGCUGAUUAAGAAUGGUGGGAAAAGGGAAAAAGAAGCAGAAGAAAUGUUGAAGGGAUCUCAGAAGCAAGUAAUAAAUGAAUUGUUGUACCAGUACUUUAACAUUAACUACACAAAAGAUAUUCCAGAAAUCUUUCGCCAGGGAACAUGCGUUCUCAAAAUAGAGGUUGAAGAUAUUGUGAAGUACAAAGAUGAUGGAGAUCCUGUCAAAAGACAUAAGAGGAAGGUCAUAACAGCUCAUUCGAAAAACAUUGCAUCUCGAAGUUUUUGGAAUGGUCACUUGUGCCUGUUGAAGGAGCUAGGCGAAUUCGUUAAAGAUUUAAACAAAAUCGAAUCAGAUUAUGUUAGAUCUUUCCAAUAUAAGAGCAAGUUGAUGCCAUUCACUUGGAUUGUUAUUCGCAUUGAUGGUUGCCAUUUUCACAGGUUUUCUGAAGUUCACGAAUUUGAGAAGCCCAACGAUGCGCAAGCUAUCAACCUGAUGAACUCAUGUGCAACUGGUGUGCUAGAAGAGUUUAAGGACAUUAUCUUUGCUUACGGGGUUAGUGAUGAGUAUAGCUUUGUUUUGAAGAAAGAGUCUCAGCUCUAUGGAAGGCGUGCCAGUGAUAUAGUUUCUGCAGUCGUAUCAUUCUUCUCGUCAGUAUACACUAUGAAAUGGAAUGAAUUUUUCCCACAUAAAGAAUUGAAGUAUCCACCAUAUUUCGAUGGUCGUGCUGUUUGCUACCCUUCACAUGAGAUUCUUCGAGAUUAUCUAUCAUGGAGACAAGUUGACUGUCACAUCAAUAAUCAGUAUAAUACUUGUUUCUGGAUGCUUGUAAAGUCCGGCAAAAGCAAGAGUGAAGCACUAAACUUCUUGAAGGGUACUCAAACUCAGGAGAAAAAUGAACUUCUUGAUCAGCUCUCCGGUAUCUCAAAUUACUAUCAGACAUCACGACCCAUGUUCCGCCAUGGAUCAUCAUUUUGCGCUGAGGUGCCAAAAAUUACUCAUGCGAUGUACAUCAGAUGGUUGCGCAAGAUAUCUCAACACGCGAACUUGAGCCUUCUCGAAAAAUAUAGAGUGAGAGAAGAGGAACUUUGUUUCAAACAAAAAUGGGUAGAAAAAUGGCAUUUCAGCCAUGGCGAGUGCUGUUUGGGUCGGGUUUUGCGAUUUGAUUUACGCGAGUGUUGUUUUCCUUCACAUGCCCGACACGCUCGUGUGGACGGGUAUGGAAAGGUUGGCGGGCAGGGUGAGACCGGUGGAGGGCCGUAUGAAAAAUGA